CGCGGGAGCCGGCCGGCGCUCAGACCUGAGAGGUGCGCGCGCCUGUCGUCGCUGGUAGAGUUGGGUCCCGUCGCCCCGGUCCGGCCCGUCCCCCCCCCGCGCGUGCAGCUCGCGUGCCGCCGCCCCGAGGUGUUCGGGGUGGGGGACCGAGAACCCCGGGCUCCUGCGGCACGGUGGCCGGAGGCCGCCGGCGGAGAUGCCUGGGAAGAGGACGCGUAAGAGCGCGCAGCCGAGCCCCGCGCGGGCCCCGGCAGAGCCCGAAGUGGAAUGUGCCAUGCAGCUCCGGAGAUUUGGAGACAAACUGAAUUUCCGACAGAAGCUUAUGAAUCUGAUAUCCAAACUCUUCCGCUCGGGAACCUGACUGCUUUGGGAGCUUUCGAAUGAGGAGAUGGCUUUGAGAUGGAAGGUUCCCCAGUGGAUGCAAAUUUCAUCAGUUAGAAGAGACUGCCUUGUAAGGGAGGUUGUGAGGGAGAUCUCACUUGCUUUGGAUGCCCUUGGAAACCAGGAUGGGAUACAUCCAAGAGGAUUUCUGUCGGGGAUUUCCCAGAAGUCAUUUUUCUGGGGCUCGGGAGAACGUUAUAAGACCACUUUGUUUAUUUGUAAAGCAAGAAUGGAGGAACUGUGCAACAUAAGGAAUGAAUUACUUAUACCUUGAGUUUUUACUUCGAAAAUUAUUCUGGUAUGUGUGCUGAAGGUUGCUGCCCAGGGGUGCUGGCAAACGGAUAACGGUGGGCAGGGGCAAGAAAGAGCAAUGUUCAGUGUUGGUUUUCACUUUUGGAAGACCGAAAAGUGCUGUAUAGUCUUCGGUUUAUAUAUUACCUUGUUAAAAGUAAAGAUUUCAUUCUGGAAACACGAUGUCAUGGCGAAUGUUGAUCCCGUAGGUCACUACAAAAUAUAGGGUAAUUUGAAAGCUUUUUCCUUUUGACUCGAAAUGUAUUGCUUCUGUUCGGAUGACCCUUCAUUGAAUUAUGUUCCUCUGAAUCUUCACUGGAAAGUCUGUACUUGGGAAGAAACGUGAUAGAGAUGUUAUAUGGUGCCAGUAAGAUUCUUACCGGUUAGAAUGUUACAACAUUGGGGCGCCUGGGUGGCGCAGUCGGUUAAGCGUCCGACUUCAGCCAGGUCACGAUCUCGCGGUCCGUGAGUUCGAGCCCCGCGUCGGGCUCUGGGCUGAUGGCUCAGAGCCUGGAGCCUGUUUCCGAUUCUGUGUCUCCCUCUCUCUCUGCCCCUCCCCCAUUCAUGCUCUGUCUCUCUCUGUCCCAAAAAUAAAUACAAAAACGUUGAAAAAAAAAUUCAAUUAGAAUGUUACAACAUAAAGAACGUGGGAAUUUGCAUACUGAGAAAUAAUGGGGGAGAAAAGCAAUUUAGGCUUUCUACUGCUGUAAUUAAAACUUAGUGAAACAAAAAUUCUCAAGUAACUUGAUAGGAAAAUGAAUGUAUUUCUAAAGAAGUUUUGAAAAUCUGUAAGUUGCCUUUUCUCAUACUAGUCAGUGUACCUCUUGCAAGAAGUGGUCCUUUAAAAGAAAUUAAGCAUGUUUUACAUAGGAUAUACUUUUUUAAAAAAAGAAUGGAUUGCUCAUCCAGAAUGGAAAUUUCAUCUAUAUGUGUAAUUUGCAUUAUAAUAAUAUGUAAGUUCAUGAAAUAUGAAAUAAUAUGUAGGUUCAUCUAUAUGUGAAAUUUGCAUUAUAAUAAUAUGUAGGUUCAUGAAAGGUAUCAUGAAUUCCCCCCUUUUAUCGUUAGAAGGCCAGACUACCGACAAAGCCCCCAAAUACAUAAAAAAGAAAUAAUAAUGUCAUGAUUGAAUUUCAGCAAGAAUGAUCUUAUUUAUUUUACCUAUUUAUAAUUAAAAUAUUUUGUUCCGUUUCAAAGCGUAUUCGUUAAAGUUACAUUUUUAGAUUAUGAGACCAGGCUUUCCAUAAGUACUUGAACAGUAAGAAUGUUUUCAUGAUAGGCUGUAGUCACUUUAGAUGAAAAAUUACCUCAGUAUCUGUUUUUCUGCAGUGUUACUUAAGGCUGUUAGUUUAUUUCGUGGCAACGAUGUUUUUUGAUCUGUCUGGAGGCAGAUCUUUUGCCCUAUGGAUAUUUAUGGUCUGUAAUUGUAUUUAUACAGGUAAAACUUUAUACUGUAGCUGUAAACUAUUAAAGAUUAUCACCAGUC